CCGCCCCCGUCCCGCGGCCGCGCAGCGCCGGUGGGCUGCGGCGGGGCGCCAUGGCAGCGCGGGGGCCCUGAGGCGGCGGCAGGGCCGGCAUGGAGGCGGAUUUCGCCGCCUUCGGGAGCCCGCUGUGCGGCGAGGUCAAGCGCUUCUGCCGGCGGGUGCGGGAGACCUACCGCGAGAUCAAGGAGGACCUCACCCCCUACAAAGAUGACCGUUACUACCGGCUGGCACCUAUGCGAUUAUAUACACUGUCCAAACGGCACUUUGUUCUGGUCUUUGUAGUAUUCUUUGUUUGUUUUGGUCUGACAGUCUUCAUAGGAAUAGCAGGCCCUAAUGUAAUCGAAACUUCUGUAGCAAGAACUGAUUUAAAUAACAGCCUAAAGCUGAAGCCAUUUAAUUUAAGUUCACCACCACUGUCUACUUACAACCAGCAGCUGUGGCUAACCUGCAUAGUUGAGUUGGAUCAGCCUGAUGUAUCCCUCAAAAAGAAUGUUACUAUGACAGUCAAAGUACUUGGAGUGGUGAAGGAUGGAAGCACACCCUAUGUUAAUAAUCAGGUUCACAAUCGGACAAGAUUACUCAGUUGUUCGCAAAAAUGCAGUGAAAUCAUUGUUGCUCACCUUGGCUACCUGAACUACACUCAGUACAACAUAUUUGUUAGCUUUGAAGAUCUAAACAAGUUAACGUACAUCCAGAAUAUUACUUUCACAUGGAAGACCUACAAUCCAACUUUUUCACAAGUGGAAAUAUGGUUCCGAUUUGUCUUUGUAGUUCUUACUUUCAUGGUCACGUGUCUGUUUGCACAUUCCCUGCGGAAAUUCUCCAUGAGAGACUGGGGUAUUGAACAGAAAUGGAUGUCCAUCCUCCUUCCCCUCCUGCUACUUUACAAUGAUCCAUUUUUCCCCCUUUCUUUUCUGGUGAACAGCUGGUUUCCCGGGAUGCUGGAUGAUCUAUUCCAGUCACUGUUUCUGUGUGCAUUGUUACUGUUCUGGCUUUGCGUCUAUCAUGGUAUAAGAGUACAGGGGGAAAGGAAGUGCUUAACUUUCUAUCUGCCCAAAUUCUUUAUUGUUGGACUACUGUGGCUGGCCUCUGUUACAUUGGGAAUAUGGCAAACUGUUAAUGAAGUACAUGAUCCUACAUAUCAAUACAGAGUUGACACAGGUAAUUUCCAGGGAAUGAAAAUCUUCUUCCUUGUCGUGGCAACCACAUACGUUCUCUACCUUCUGUUCCUGAUAGUGAGGGCAUGCUCAGAACUUCGUAACAUGCCUUAUGUUGAUCUCAGGUUAAAAUUCUUGACUGCAUUAACCUUUGUAGUGCUUGUCAUUAGCAUUGUUAUACUGUACCUGCGCUUUGGAGCACAAGUUCUACAGGACAACUUUGUUGCUGAGCUGUCAACUCAUUACCAGAAUUCAGCAGAAUUCUUAUCUUUUUAUGGUUUAUUGAAUUUUUAUCUCUACACAUUAGCCUUCGUGUAUUCCCCCUCAAAGAAUGCACUGUAUGAAUCACAGUUGAAAGACAAUCCCGCUUUUUCUAUGCUGAAUGAUUCAGAUGAUGAUGUGAUUUAUGGGAGUGACUAUGAAGAAAUGCCGCUUCAGAACGGCCAAGCUAUUAGAGCCAAGUAUAAAGAGGAGUCGGACAGUGAUUGAUUCUGAGGUAGACAGACUUGUUCAGCUGAAAUUAAACUAAUUUUGAAGUUUUCCUAGAUGGACGACUUCUUAGCUUCCUUGCAGUCUGCUGUCAAUGUGAACAGUGACUCCCAGGAAGAACAUCCUGCUUCUGUUUCUGUUUACAAAGUUUAAACUGAAGAAAAGAAUGCUUGAAAGGGUUGUGGUGAAAACUUCAGAAAUCAAGAGUUUUACCUGUCUUACAAAAUGCCUCAUAGCAGGAUGCCUGUGGACUAGUCUUUAAGUCUAUUUCCAUUCAGAAGUAUCACUGAUUAUAUCCUGAUUUUAAAAUUGCUUCCUUGCUGCUUAGUUUUUUGGGUUGGUUUGGUUUGAGGGUUAUGUACAGCAUACUGUCAUUGCUCUGCUGCAUUUGUGUUGGCUCCUUUGUGUAUUGUCCAUGUUAUGUGACUCGUUUUGCUUCCGAUUGCCUACCUUAGUUUUUUGAGCUGGAGGCGGGGAAUGAAGUGUCUUAGGGCUUUCUCUCUUUUGUUGUUUUUGUUGUUGUUGUUUGAUGCAAGAAAACACAAGCUUUCCAUUCUUCAAAGUGAUACAGACUUAAGACCAUUUUUGUAAUUCAUUGAAAUGAGUUUACCAGACUUAUAAGUGCUAGGUAUGUGCAAAUAGUCAAGUUCGAGUGAGCCAAAUAGCCUCAGUGAUGCAAAACUAUUUGCCUAAUGUAUGUUUUAUAUCAUGUUUUACUGCCACAACAGAAGUGUCUGGUUUGGGUUUUGUUUUGCUUUUCUAACCAGCCUGUUCAAAUGGAGCUACUUAGACAGCAACAAAUCCCAGAAGGAAGCCAGUACUCCUCUUUCUGGUAUUUUUGUAUGCUGGGGGUGAUUGUUACAGAGAAUACAGUAUGAAAGCUUCAUAGCGAAUUUACAAAUUCUAAACAUUUCAUUUUUAGAGGCUUUUUCUACAUCAGGAUUUUUCCUUAAGAUGUAUUAGUAGAUAGUUAACCUACAUCCCAGGAACAGUCGUGGUUGCUUAUGUAUUGAAUGUGCAUCAGAGUUGGCUUUUGAGCACGUUCUGUGUAGUUCAACUUCUCUGUCAUGCAACAGUCACCACCUAUACUGGCCAGAACUUUUACUAGCAUGUUUUGAGAUUAUCUGUAUUGCAGUCUGUCCUGGAACAAAGUUAGAUGGGAAUUAAGUAUUCCUAGUACAAUGCUGCUUCUGUUUGAAAGUUGGUUUUCUCCUACACCAUUGUUCGGUUCAUUAAGUGGAUGCUGUUUGUCUCUCAAUACUUUUGUUUUCAGGUACUUGAGUACAGGUAUCUUUCUUUUCCAUGAAUUUGUAACUGUGAUUUACUCUUGUAAAAUUUCUCCACCCCGCUGCUGUAGAAGACUCUAAAGCACCGUAAGGUGUUCAACAAAAAAUGGUGCUGGCUUACACUAGGAAAUUGUGCUCCUCACUGAAGUAGUUAAACAGGAGAUUGAAGUCCUAUUAGACUUUCUGGAUUAGACUGGGGAAAAAUAAGGUUUGUUCUGCUUUGAUGCAACAACUGUUGUAGACCAUUCCUACUGCAGGAACCUCCUGGCAGCUGUUCAGGAUCGUGAAGGGGAGACUUCACAGGACAGUUCCAAGCAGUUUGCUUAGAAAGGACCAAAGGACCUGCCUCAUAUGGUUGCACCCUUGCUGUCAUAGAAUAGUUCACAUUAAAUUGGUGCUCUGCUAAAGGUAAUUGUAGUAAGAUACUGCGUGUGUGUGAGAGAGAACUCUAAAAUAGAGCUGUGAAAUAUUUUGAGGGUAUUUGAAAUUUAAGACCAGGGAUCACUUAAGUGUUAGAAGCCAAAGUACUAUUGUACGGUUAAAGCAAGGAAACUGCUGGGGAGGAAGGGAAGGGUUUUCCCUUUGAUUUCUUAAUGGUGUCAGUUUAGUAGAAGAAUGUAUAGGAAAACACUAAAGAAGUGUUUGAGUUAGUGGUGUUUUGUUUCUCCAGUGAUCAUAGGAAGCUGUACCCUCAGUGCUUCCUCUUAGGCUUGUUUUUUAACAAGUAUGGGAGAUGAUCUUUGUAUCCUAAAAUCAGAGGGCCCAUUCUUACUUACUGUUCCCCAGCCACCUCUCCUGAGACUCACCGCUGUUUAGAUGUGCAGAGUCAGACUUGGAAGCCACCUCAGCAUCCCACAUAUACCCUAAGUCCUUUUGACUUCCGUUUGGAGUGAGUACAGGAAGUGGGUCUUCAAACACUGAUAUUUACAUGAUCCUUACAUAUUCCAUCUGUUUGGCUCAGAUAUUUCUUAAUUCUGUUCUAAAUUGUUCUGAACAGAUAAAACAUUUGAUUUGACCAAUG